AUGCGUUUCACUGCUUUUCUCUCUUCUGGCCUCGGCGCCAAUGUCGCAAUCGCAAGUGUAUGCAAGCCGCGAAGUCGCGAUUCCAGCAAUGUAUCUACCGAGACUGCGUCUGCAUCUUCGACAGAAUCCGUCGCUGUCUCUGCUACAAGUACAAACAUCGUGACAGCGACGACAACCUCUGUCGAAUUAUCCAUCAGUGUCACAUCUACAGACGACGAGAAGAGUUCAACUGAGGCGACCGAAUCGCAAAGUGCCAGCGCUGAGGUCUCAACUUCCACUGUUACAGAAACGACUACAACUGAAAUCCCUACUACGACUGCCGAGACCACGACAACUGCUGAAGCAACCACGACCACUGAAGACACAUUUGUACCGAUUCCUACCUUCAAUAUUAAAGCCGUAGGCUCAGACGUCGACGGCCAAUUGUUGCGAGGCGAUCCAGUCCAAUAUAACAACAUCGGCUGGUACACGCCCUCUCCCCCAGUUCUGACUCUCUCCAUCGACGCCAGCACCAACUACGUACGAGAGAUAAACACUGGGAAAUACUUGUGUGUUUCGUUCGGGGGCGGCGGUUUUCCAAACUCAAAUUCGCUCUGCAAUCCCGAUAGCCAUUCGAGUGGAGAAAUACCCCUCACAUGCGAGCAGACUCGCGACCGAAAGCUCAAGUGCUCUGCACCAGCUGGUGAAUGCCAUUACGACGAGAUCUCGGAUACUUCCUAUUGCUAUACGGUUGCUGGUACCUGGGAUAAGUUCAAUGUGAUCACUGGUAGGAUCAUCAACACUCCUGCUCUUGUCAUGGUAUCUAGUAGCGAUCCUUCCACGCCCAGCGAUAUGAAAGCCGUCGAGCUUCAACUCGUUCCCUAUGCAGACUAG